GAUGUUUUACUGUCACAAGUAGAGCCAAAGACCAGAGCUGACUUCUUAAAAUAUUCACGUGAACUCACACUGGAUCCAAACACAGCAUACACACAGCUGUUAUUAUCUGAGGGGAACAGAAAAGCAACAUUAAUGAGUGAUCAACAGUCUUAUCCUCGUCAUCCAGACAGAUUCACGACAUUUGGUCAGGUCCUGAGCACAGAGAGUCUGACUGGACGUUGUUACUGGGAGGUGGAGUGGAGAGGAGGAGGAGUUCAUGUCGCAGUCGCAUACAAGAAUAUCAGCAGAGCAGGGAGCUUAAAUGAAUGUACAUUUGGACUCAAUGACAAAUCUUGGGAGUUAAGAUGUGCAAAAAACAGUUACACAUUUUGGUUCAACAAAGUCCAAACUCCUGUCUCAGGUCCUUGGUCCUCCAGAGUUGGAGUGUACCUGGAUCACAGUGCAGGUAUUCUGUCCUUCUACAGCGUCCCUGAAACCAUGACUCUCCUCCACAGAGUCCAGACCACGUUCACUCAGCCUCUCUAUGCUGGACUUCAGCUUUACUAUGCUUAUGGAGACACUGCAGAGUUGUGUAAAGUGAAAUAGACAGAAGUCAUUUAAGGGUUAAAUUCAGUCAUUUGAUUAUUGUUUCUUCAUUUCUUCACCUGUCAAUCAAACACUGUGGGCGGUACUUUGCCCUCUUCUCAUUGGUCGUUGUGUAAAUGUUUGAGUUUCUUUAGG